GCAGGAAGUACGAAAUUAUUCAAAAUAGGCGGACACUUUUCGCUGGGCUGCUGUUUCCGCAGGAAGUAUAAAGUGAUGCACAGCUGCUUGAAUCGUGUAAUAGGAGAAUAAACGUCAAUUUUCUCUUUCAUCGCAGUGCAAAUACAAAUCUAGUUCAUGAUGGAAGACGAGCCAGAGAGAGCAAAGCGCUGGGAAGGUGGUUAUGAGAGAACAUGGGAAGUGUUGCAGGAGGAUGAAUCAGGAUCACUCAAAGCUUCUGUGGAGGAGAUCCUGUUCCAGUCCAAAAGGGAAAGAAUUCUUAAAAGCUGUGCUCAAGUGAGACUUGGAAUGAUGCGUCAUCUUUAUGUGGUGAUUGACUGUUCCAGAACUAUGGAGGACCAAGACCUAAAACCUAACCGCCUUACUGCCACUCUCAAGCUGAUGGAAGCGUUCGUUGCGGAGUACUUUGAACAAAAUCCCAUCAGUCAGGUAGGAAUCAUCAUCACAAAGAACAAAAGGGCUGAGAAGCUCACAGACCUUGCAGGAAACCCCAAGAAGCACAUUUUAGCUCUGAAGAAGGCAGUUGACACAGUUUGUGGAGGAGAACCGUCCUUGUUCAAUUCCCUCAGCUUGGCUUUGCAAACCCUCAAACACAUGCCUGGACACACAAGCCGGGAGAUUCUCAUCAUCCUCAGCAGUCUCACCACAUGUGACCCAGCCAACAUCUACGAGAUGAUUCAGAGCCUAAAGUCAGUGAAGGUGCGUGUGUCUGUGAUUGGCCUGUCAGCAGAGGUGCGGGUGUGUACCAUGUUGACCAGGGAGACAGGAGGGUCCUACCAUGUGAUCCUGGAUGAGAACCAUUUCAAAGAUCUGCUGCUGAUGCUGCAUGUGAAACCUCCUCCUGCCAGCUCCUCGUCUGAAUGCUCCUUAAUUCGCAUGGGGUUUCCUCAGCACACCAGCUGCUCUCUGACUGACCAGGAUGCCAAACCUUCCUUCAGCAUGGCUGUGUUAGAUGGCAGCAGUGAUCCAGCUCUGUCUCUUGGAGGAUACUUCUGUCCUCAGUGUCACGGCAAUUACAUGGAACUACCUGUGGAGUGUAAAGUCUGUGGUUUGACGCUGGUGUCGGCCCCUCACCUCGCUCGAGCGUUCCACCACCUCUUCCCGCUGCAUGUCUUCUUGGAAAGUGCCGCAGCAGAAAACAGGUUCUGCCAUUCUUGUCAGGGACCAUUGAAAGAUAAAAGUAUGUUGACGUGUCCCACGUGUCACAACAUCUUCUGUAUGGACUGUGAUGACUUCAUCCACGACUCCUUGCACUGCUGUCCUUCUUGUCUUUGACCAAACCAAGAACAAUAUUGUUUUGCCAUUCAAGGCAUUUUCUUCAUAGACAACUCCGAAGUAAUCAUGAUUCGUCGCAAAUAAAUAUCAUUUUGCAUCAAUAA